CACCCCCUCUACAAAAUCCUCCUUCAUCAGUUGGGACAACUUCUGCUGGAGGAAGUGAAGACAGAAAGACAGACAGCGGGUAAAGGAAAGGAAGACACCAUGGCAGACGCUUCAAAUCAGAAUGUGGAGUUUGUGCGAACAGGCUACGGCAAGAACACAGUGAAGGUGCUGGUCAUCAGGAGACAGGGCAGCCACCACUACAUCAUCGAGCUGAAAGCGGACGUGGAGCUCACGCUCAAAUCACGCAAGGAUUAUCUAACUGGAGACAACUCUGACAUCAUCCCCACCGACACCAUAAAAAACACCGUCCACGCAUUGGCCAAGCUCAAGGGGGUGAGGAGCAUCGAGCAGUUUUCCCUGGAUAUCUGCCAUCACUUCCUGACCUCUUUCAACCAUGUGCUGAGGGCCAAAGUUCACAUGGAGGAGGCUCCAUGGAGAAGGUUGGAGAAGAAUGGGGUAGAGCAUGCUCAUGCAUUCAUCUAUAGCCCAGAAGCUUGUCGCUUCUGUGAUGUUGAGCACAAUCUGAAUGGCAUCCCAGUGGUUCACAGUGGGGUGAAGAACAUGAAGGUGCUGAAAACCACCAAGUCCGGCUUUGAGGGUUUCCUCCGAGAUCGCUUCACCACUCUGCAAGAUGCCAAGGACAGGUGUUUCUGCACCUCUGUCUAUGCUAGGUGGCGCUACAAUACUCAGGAUGUCGAUUUUGAUGCUGCAUGGAUGCGCGUGAAGGAGACAAUUAUUGAGAAGUUUGCUGGCCCCUACCAUAGUGGAGAGUACUCACCCUCUGUGCAGAAGACCCUUUAUGACACACAGGUGCUGGUCCUGGAUAGAAUUGCUAAGGUGGAUGAAAUAGAGAUGGUCAUGCCCAACCAGCACUACUUCACUAUAGACAUGACCAAAAUGGGCCUCACCAACAAAGAUGAAGUUCUUCUUGCCUUGGAUAACCCAUCAGGUAACAUCACAGGGACGGUGCGCAGGAAACAGCAAGCCAAGCUGUGAAGACACCUACACAUCCAGGAAAUGCUGCUGCUAUGAUGUGCACACUUAUCUUAACAAGCUGCUUAAAAAAUGAGAACAAACAUUACCUUUUACAAAAGUUUCAAUUACAGUUGCAACUCAAGAUCUGAUUAAAGCUUUUUGACCGUGUAGGGAAAUAAAACAACAAAAAAUUGAUGAAUUCAUAAACUAGUAUUGUUCUUUGGUGAGAAAAGAGCACCAUUUAUUGCAAAUCUUUGAUUCAGAUAUUCAAACUCCAGUGUUAUGUUGCACAUAUACAUUGGUCAUACACACUUCAAUACAGUUGUCUUUGUGACAAUGCUGAAAGCACCACAGGUAGGAACAUAAUAAGAAUAUAUACACAUAAAUAUUUUCAUAACAAGAGCCUCGGGGCUUAGAUAAUGUAGGUGUGCAGGAACAAACAGAUUUUCGGUUGGCUCCUUGUGUUUGGGAAAACAAAAUGUUUCAUUGUUACAUGCUAAGGACGAUUCAUGGACUCAGCUGCACAGUUCAUAGCAUAAAAACUGAUUUCAGGGCAAAACGGGAUGCACCAGAAGAAUUUUCUGCACAUAUCAAAGUGUUCAGG